AAACCCGGCCAACCCUUUGCCUCCCCUCCGCUGCCUCCACCACUCCACCCUCAGCCAUGGCCAUGAGCGACACCAGCUCAGGCCCGCCGGAGUGGGCUCAGUUCUACUGCCAGAACGGCCUGGGAACCCACCCGGCCGCCACGCCGGCCAUGCUCGGCCACAUGUCGGGCGGCGUUGCCGACUCGACGGUGGUCACGACCACGUCGAGCCCGACGAUCGCCGGAUCGAGCAGCAGCCCGACUUCGCACCCGGCCGCCAUCGAGGGCCGGGUGGGGAAGUCGGCACGUCGGAGAUCGAGGGCCUCCAGGAGGGCCCCGACGACGCUACUCAACACCGACACCACCAAUUUUCGUGCAAUGGUGCAGCAGUUCACCGGCAUCCCUUCGGGACCGUAUUCAUCUAGUUAUCAGCCUAGCAACAGGCCAGUGAUCAACUUUGGGCUUAAUUUUAAUGAUCCUCUUCGCCAAGCCACGGUGGUGCCUUUUGGACGCCUCCAGCAGCUGCAGCAGCAGCAGCAAUACCAAGGGCAAUCUUUCCAGCACCAACAUGAAGGAGGACAUCACUACCAACCUCAGCAGCAGCAGCAGCAAUCAUAUGAUGGUACCAUGUUUGAUGGUAACCAUGAUAUUUUUCUUCAAGGUUUUAGCAAUCCGAGGGCCAACUUGGAGGUGACUGAUGGCUUUUUCUUGGAAGGCAUGACCGGCCAAAUGAUGCCAAGGACAAACUCCACUGACACAAGAACUAAUGGUUUUUUUUCAUGAGGAAAAGGUAAAGGAUUUGGGGGAGAGGUUUAACUUUCGCUUUUGUAAGAGAGAGGAGGAAGCACUGACACAUGUAAAUAUUAUUGUGAUCAAAAUAUCUCUAUCUUGUGGUAAAUGGAAUCUUUCUAGAAUGUGUUGUUUUAAGUGGCCAAA